UAGCGGACAUCGAAGAUUUUCUUGGGAAUGUUAGUGUUGGCUGAUACAUCAAACUCGCACAGUCAUGUUAAUGCACCUGUUACAUAUAUAGAUCAGUUCAUGUUAUGAAGCAUCAUAUUAGUUUUUGAUUGACAGCAUUUAAACUAGUAGCUGCGUACAGUAAAAAACUGAAAAACCUGCUGCAGUCUAGCCCUAUAGUGAUUAAUUCAAAAUGAAUGGAUUCCCAUGUCGCCUGCCGGUAAGGGAAGAACAGCGUCAGGUGUGUCUGAUCAUCGGCUUUGUCUUUGUUAUGCUCGCAUUGUCUGCAUAGUUUCUAUACUAGAUGACGGCACAAACACGGAAUGAGGCAUGUACCCAUGAAAGCUUGUCGAUGUACUUCACACAGAUCAACAGGAGAAACAGAAUACGAUUUCCUGCAGAGGACGGUUGCUCAGCUCUCUGUGGUUUGCUCUUUUAGUUUUUAUACUAAACCGAUUAUGUUACGAAAAGACUUGCUUUAUUUCUACGUUUCCUUGAACGUGUUGUUUUGUUCUUUAUUAUGAGUUCGUGUUAGCUGAACAAAACCUUUACUAUAUGACUUUUCUGUUUUGAUUUAUUGCAUAGAAGGUUUUUGCAUCGAAUAUUAAAUAUUGGAGCUACAAUAUGAAAUUCAACGGAUAUUUGAGGCUGCGUAUUGGGGAGGCGGUGGAUUUAAAACCAACAACUUUUUCAACUCGUCACACUUUUCAUAAGAAAAUCGUCCUGGAUCCUUAUAUCGUUGUUAAAGUUGAUAAUCUAAAAGUUGGACAGACCGCCACAAAAGCAAAGACCAACAAACCAAACUUCAAUGAUGAAUUCUGCCCAUACAUCACAAAUGGCAAAGAGCUGGAACUGGCUGUUUUCCAUAACACUCCUAUAGGAUUCGACGAUUUUGUCGCCAAUUACAGAAUCCAGCUGGAUGAACUGAUAACGUCGUCAAACACGAGACAAAUGUUUGAAGGAUGGGUGAAUCUGGAACCAGAGGGAAGUGUGUAUAUCUCCAUCUCUCUCACCGGCUCCUUUACAGAUGAUGAAGCUGUGAAUGGACUGCGACAUAAAAGGUUUACAAGAAAAAGGCAAAAAGCUUUGAAGAAAAGAAAGGUCCACCAAGUCUAUGGACAUAAGUUUAUGGCAACCUUCCUUCCCCAGCCUACUUUUUGCUGCCAUUGCAAAAACUUCAUCUGGGGUGUUUUUGGAAAGCAAGGUUAUCAGUGUCAAGUGUGUGCGUGUGUGGUUCACAAGAGAUGUCAUGAUUUGGUUGUAAGUGAGUGUACACGUAUGAAGAAAGAUUCAAAUGAGGGCCAAAGUCAGGGCUUCAGCAUCAACCUACCCCAUCAGUUUAGAGAGCACAACUACAAAGUUCCCACAUACUGUAACCACUGUGGAUCUUUACUUUACGGCGUGAUGAAACAGGGUCUCCAAUGCAAGAGUUGCAAGAUGAACAUCCACAAACGCUGUGAACAGAAUGUUGCACUUAACUGCGGGGUGAACAGUGCUGAACUGGCCAGCAAAUUGUCAGAGAUUGGAUUGCUCAACACGCUUUCUAAAAAAAAGUCUCGGAGUUCUCUUCACAUGACAGGAAUAAAGGGUCAUAACUCCAUUGAAAACGUACAGCCAACGUUUGAAGAGCCAGAGGAUGAUACUGUUAAAGUUGGUCUAGAAGACUUCAGUUUCUUGCAGGUUUUGGGAAAAGGCAGCUUUGGCAAGGUGAUGUUGGCUCGUCUAAAAAGUGACCACAGGGUGUUUGCUGUAAAAAUGCUGAAGAAGGAUGUCAUACUGCAAGAAGAUGAUGUGGAAGCAACCAUGAUUGAGAAGAGAGUGCUAACUCUGGCUCACCAGCAUCCAUUUCUUACACAGCUCUACUACUGCUUUCAGAAUGCGGAACGGUUAUUCUUUGUCAUGGAGUUUGUGAAUGGUGGUGACCUCAUGUUCCACAUCCAGAAGUGCAGGCGUUUUGAAGAACCACGAGCACGGUUUUAUGCCGCAGAGAUCAUUUCGGCCCUUAUGUUCCUUCACUCCAAAGGCAUCAUUUACAGGGACCUUAAACUGGACAAUAUUCUCCUGGACAGAGAUGGCCACUGCAAACUGGCAGAUUUUGGCAUGUGCAAACAGGAUGUAUGUGAAGGAAAACUCACUAGUACCUUCUGUGGGACGCCCGAUUAUAUUGCACCUGAGAUCAUCCUGGAGGAGCCGUAUGGCGUAUCAGUGGACUGGUGGGCUCUGGGUGUGCUACUUUACGAGAUGCUGUCAGGUCAUGCACCAUUUGAAGCAGAGACUGAGGACGAGCUGUUUGAGUGCAUCCUCAAAGAUGAGAUCAUUUAUUCAUCUUGGCUCAGCAACGAGGCAGAAGACAUCCUUAGAGGAUUACUCACCAGAGACCCAGCAUGUCGGUUGGGCUGCAUGGAUAGAGAUGGAGGAGAAAAGGCCAUCACUGCACACCCGUUCUUCACAGGACUGGACUGGGAGAAGCUGAACAGACGAGAGAUCGCACCACCUUUCACACCUCGAAUAGAUUCUAUUGAAGAUGUGAACAAUUUUGACCCUGACUUCACUCAAGAGGAACCCUGUCUUACACCCAUUGAGGACAGUCUUUUUCCUUUCCACCAGGACGAUUUUAAAGACUUCACCUACACAGCUCCAGAGCUGCGACUGCACUAACAUCAGCUGUGGUUUAUUUAUUUUACAUACAUAGAUUAUAUGUUACUUUGCAUAAUUAACUCCUUCUAGCGAACUUGUAAUACAUUCUGUUGACAAACUUUUUGCCAAGUCUGUCAAGAAUAUGGACAUGAUUCAGACUAAAAGAAAGCGAUACAAUAUACUCCACAGGCCCAUCCAGACCAAAGGAUUAUUUGUAAAGGCAAUGACAGGAAGAAAAUAAUGGUCUCCUGAAAUAAACAGAUGCUUUUUGAAAUGUUUUUAUCUGCAUAAAUGCCUGUGUCAUAUAUUAUUUUUACAAGUAGCAUGAUAAUAUGCGUAUUUAUGCUGUUGCCAAGUGCUUUGGAAACAAAUGUAUGUAACUUACUUUGAGCUGUUAAUUCAGUGUAAUGAGUUGUUAAGUUAUGUGAUGUGUUGUAAAGUAAUUCUAACUAAAGACUAAAUUAUGAA